AUGGCGGCCACCACUGCUCCUUCUGUAGGUGGGCCGUCGCACUUGGCCCCGACAGCCGCCCCCGAAGACCUCACUUCUGUGAAGUUACAACUUUCUCUCCGUCGAUUGGGUGUGGGGAGGAAGGAAGUCUCGCCGGACGAGCCCUUCCUUGAGAGCCUGUCUGAGGACGACAGUCAUGAAAGUGCUUCCCCACGCAGCAGUCCUCCGUCAUGGACAUCUUCUCCGUGUUCGCAUCAGUCUCACCCCCCAUCCUCUCAAUUUGCAGACUUGGACGAGGUUAUCCCUUUCUCGCUCUCCAAGUUCCGCCAACGCAGCAACCGCGCUGAAGCCGAGCGGAGGAACCGCCAAUGGCUGUCGGGUACAUUGGCACUGUUGGGGGGGAUGAUGGCCAUGGUACUUGCGGCCUACCAGCUUCGGUUUGCAUUGCCAGUGCUUAGGAAGGCGGCGGUGUCCAGCGUUCCUGCUGCUGCUGCAGGUAGCUCCCGCUCGUAUCAUUCCACCUCUUCUUCGCCCCCGGGAACAGGCGCCGCUGCUCCGGGGAUUGCCGGCAACAUCCAGGAGUCUGUGGCAUCCAAACUAGCACUCCGGCGUCAGUGGAUGUUUGGUAUUUUCGCAAUCGCAUUUUCAAUUUUCUCCGCUAAGUUUGUGGCGAGGCUGCACGCGUGGACGCUGGGCGUUCGUCGCUGGAUGCAGCCCAAUACAGUUCAACGCCGCCUGCCCCUGCAUUCCAAGGUUGAGGAGGAAUUCGCAGAGCUGUACAGUAUCAAAGACGAGUCUGUCGGGACUAAUGAUGACUUCGCCUGGGGGUCGGACCCACUGGUGAUGACAGCCAUCCGCAAGUGUCUCGACGACUACAGAACCCUCAAUAGGCAGACCCAUCAGUCUGCAUUUGCAAUAUUCUUCCACCUGGCGGCGGAGAGUCGCAAGCGGCAAAUUGCGUACUCUAUGUACAGGAACGCCUGCGACGCCCUCCACGCCAAAGUGGAACAAAACCGGCCGGUGCUGAGCGACGAAGUCGCCGAAGUAUUGAACAGGCAACGCGCGCUGCGGCAGCAGUAUAACCGCAUGCAAGACGACAUCAACUUCACUCUAAGCGAAGAGAAUUUGCCGCCUGGCCUAUGCCAGGAGGAGUUGGAAUUCCUUACCAAAGACUUCCGCCCUUCACUGCUCGAACUCGCGAAACACACCAUAUACAGCCUGGACAUGGACCGCAGGUUCAUUGAAGCGUUCAUCAAGCUGCACAACAUCCAUUAUGUGUGGCAGGAGGAAGAUGGCCCAGCAGACGGUAGUCCAAAUAAUAUAGCUGAAGAGACAGACUUGCAGGAACAGCCGCAGCAGCGGCAGGACCAGCGGGUCAGCGAAGAGAAUAAAAGCGUCCCCGAAGAUAUGACCUCCGAAAACAGCAGCGAACUGGCAAUGCAUGAAAGCCAGUUCUGGGAUGCAAGACGAACUCUCUCCAGCUAUCGUAGAGGCACUUUCACACCUAAAGUGCCGGGAUUCGAUCGCUGCUCUCUUCCAGAGUUGCCACUCUCCUUGUUUGCAUACUGA